UAAAUGCUGUGAAGUACAAAAGUUGAAUGUGUUGUGACUAGCAAGAUAGGCUUAUUAGAGUGACAGACUCCAACAGUGUCCAUACAUUCGUGGGUGGAUUAUCAGAUGUCAAACUGCUUCAUUGAAACCUUGAGCUGUUGUAUUGAGUGAGUAGUGAGGACUUUGGGAAUGCCAACCGGUGCCCCUCUUGUUUUGUAUUAAACACGGUGCUGAUAAGGUUGUGCAGACUCAGAUAUGGGUGACUUCGCUGUUACGUAACCUUUACUGAUCCUCUCACCACAUAAACUCCAUGUUUAGUUUUAUAAAGAAAUAUGUGCACAUGAUCUUUAGUUUGGUUUGGUUUGGUUAAGUUUGGUGCGUAUUGUUUUUGCCUGCUUUAAUAUAGUGCAUGCCUCCAUGAUCACGUUUGCAGUAAGGCCCACAUGAUGAACUCAUCAGUUAUCGGAGAACCCUACUGGUCAGUGUUCAGCCUGUUCUCAGCCCCGCUUGGUUCCUACGUUGUGGAUGGACCUGUAAAUCGAGAGCCUCAUAUUGUUCCUACGUUUCAUCUCAACCCUCUACUUGAUCCUAUAGAUUACAAGUUCCUGCACCUUUUUACUCACUGCCCUUAACGACAGAUAAAAAACAUGUCUCUUGUGCUCCAGGGAUUCUUUCACAGAGUCCUAAAAUGGAAAAUAAUAUGCCGGCUUGGGCUAACAAUCAUUUGUUCCAGGAGGAAAGCAGAGACCAGCGAUCUGGGCUUGCAGUUGUACAGUGGCCGGUCUGGGUGUUUCCAUGGUGACUCUGUUAUGACAGGAUCUUAACUAAGCUGGUGAGGUGGAACCCACGCUGCUUCGUACCAGGCAGUAGAUAACCGAUGCCAUGCAGGCUCAGCGAGUGGAAGCGGUGGACCACAGCGACGGCUCACAGACCAGGUACUCCGGAGACGGAGGGUCUUCGGGUCAUCAGCAGCAGCUUCUGACGUCUCCUGAGCUGGUGGUCAUCUCCCCCGGGCUGCCCACCCCUCCGCUGAGCCCCUUCCGCUCUGCCAGACAGCCCUCAGGGGAACACAAGGCAAGCCCCCCUCUCCCAUCAGGUGCACACAACAGUCGAGUUCAAGAGUUCAGUGUACGAGGGUGCCCCCUGGUGGACACGUGGCGUGCUACAUGUGGGAUAUCGGCCGUGAUUUCCAAAAAAACUGAAACUUCUCUAGUCGACUUUUUCCCUGGAGAAUAAAACACAUCCACCCACUCUCAAAUGGAUUUUACAGCUGAAUCACGUAGUCCUGUCGAGAAAAUGUUAAACAAUGGGGAAAAAAUGUGAAACUGCAGUGAAGGGACAUAUUUCAUGUUUAGCAUCAAGAAUGAGGUGAAACUGUUUCCGAUGCUCAUAAACCCUGAGUGAUGGUGGUGUAUGUUCUCAUGAAGGACUCGGAGAUGAACGGGGGCGGUGCCAACACACUGAGCUUCGGAUCCUACUACGGCCCCGCCCAGACUCACGAAGGGGGGCUGACCAAUGGGGUGCAGGCAGGGGGCGGGGCCACUCUGCCUCGCCGGUCUGAGCCAACCAGGGAGGAGAGGCUCAUCAAGUUCCAGGGGAUCGGACCUGUGGACGAAACAGGCAUGCCCAUCGCCUCCAGAACAAGUGUGAACAAGCCCAGGGAAUGGUACAAGAGCAUGUUCCGGCAGAUCCACAGGAAGCCAGAAGAAUCUGACCUGGAGUCUGAGAGCUGGAUCACAGAACGGAUCCAGUCUGCCAGUCCAGACCAGGAGAGGGACUCACAGAAGACAGACUUGUUCAGACUGACCCCCCAUGGAGCCCUGCCAGACUGGACGGAGGAUAUAGACUCUAUAGCCACCCCUAAGCCCAGGAGUAUCUUUGACUUUGAGCCUGGAAGGACCACCACCGUCGAAAACCAUCACCAGCUCUACCAAAUCCAGGAGAAACCGGCCCAGAAGAAACCGCCCCCCCCCUCCAUCGAGGCCAGUCUGGUGUCUGAGCUGAUGAGCUUUGAGGCGGAGCUGGACUCGGACAUCCAGGGCCUGGAGAGAACGCUCUCCCAGAGGACGCGCCGCCAGCGUCCAGGCCGGGGUGAGGAGCCCAGAAGCCAGAAUCCCGGCCCUGUUUCAGCGAUAGGCAGUGCUAACUACAGCUCACUGCCUGCAACCAAGCCGGCGGGAAGACCUUCCCUCAGCGGGCCUGCAGCUUCCGCUCCCAGAACGCUGUCCCCUCACGCAGACGCAGAAGGCCUCUCCUCUGCAUCUGACAGCAUGGACGUCCCACCAAAACGAGAGGAGAAGAAGAUGAAAGCGGCGAGAGUCAAGUUCAAUUUCCAGGCACAGUCCCCCAAGGAGCUGACUCUGCAGAAAGGGGACAUUGUUUACAUCCACCGAAAGGUAGACUCCAACUGGUACGACGGAGAGCAUCACGGCAGAGCUGGGAUUUUCCCCACCACCUAUGUUGAGGUGCUGGCCCCCACGGAGAAGCCCACCCCCAUCAGGACCCCCACCGUCCAGGUGGUGGACUGCGGCGAGGCGGUGGCGCUCUACACCUUCAAUGCGGACCUCCCCGUGGAGCUCUCCUUCAGGAAGGGGGAGCUGAUCAGUGUGACCCGCCGUGUGGACGACAGGUGGCUGGAGGGCAGGAUCCCAGGGACCAGCCGGAGCGGCAUCUUCCCCGCCAACUACGUCCAGGUCAACAAGAUGCCCCGAACAAAAAGCGCCUCAGAGGACCACCCCGCGGGACCCCUGUCUCCACGGGUCCCCCAGUCUCUGGGGUCCCCCCAGCUUCUGGGGUCCCCCCUGUCCCCGGGGUCUCCUGGGCCCCAGAGUCCGGGACGCCCACUCUACUCCCCCCGGCCGCUCUCCCCCCUCUCCCUCCACUCGCCCCUCACCCCCACGUCCCUCAGCCCGGUCCACUCCCCCCUGAAGCCCUCCUCACCCGUCCCCUCGCAGUCACGCUAUCCCGCGCUCACGCCCGCCACCAGAGACACAAACAGCCUGUGGCCCCACGGGGCCCGCGGCCCCACCGGCCCCCAGGGAGGAGGCCAGGCCGGCCAGACCUCGGGGGCCAUGGCCGGGCCCCCAUCGGUCAAGACAUCGGCGGGGCCCUCCCCAGCACGCACUGAGCACUGGCAGGGCGGAGCUCCAGCCCAGCCUCACCCCAACUCCAGCACAGCGCCAAAAACACCAAGAGCGCCAAACAACUACGGCUCCGCUUCGGCACAACGCCCUCCAUACAAAGCUGUGUACAACUACAAACCCCAGAAUACAGAUGAGCUGGAACUGAGGGAGGGGGACAUUGUCCAAGUGAUGGAGAUGUGUGACGACGGCUGGUUUGUAGGUACGUCAGAGAGGACCCACGCCUUCGGGACUUUCCCAGGGAAUUAUGUGGCACCUGUUUAAUAGCACUUGGGUCUAGCCCUCAACACACAGCCACUGCACCUGGGCUGACCAGCAGACUGGUGUUGAGUCUCAUUGCUCGUUUUCACCACCACAGCCGGAGGCGUCCAGCCCCAAGCCUCACCAGCACUGCUCGGAAACUUCAUCUCAUUUCAAUCUGUCACCCAACACCCUGUUAAAAUCCUGCUUGAGUUGAUUUUCCCUGCAUGCUACACGCUGCCCAGAGACUCAGCUGCCCUCUAAUGUCCAGAACAGAGGCUCGGCCAUGAACACUGUGUGAGUUCCCACCACACCUUUCUGCUGUGUGUGUGUGUGUGUGUGUGUGUGUGUGUGUGUGUGUGUGUGUGUGUGUGUGUGUGUGUGUGUGUGUGUGUGUGUGUGUGUGUGUGUGUGUGUGUGUGAGAGAGAGAAAGUAAGUUCACAUUUGUACAUUCAUGUAAGUGUGUGGUGUGUGUGCGUGCAUGCCUGCGUACGUGCGUGCAUACAUACGUGUGUCAGUGUGAGUCUACUAGUCUUUGUGUGUGUGUGUGCAAGUGAAUGAGCAAGCUUCUGGUUGUGUGAGGCAGGAUGUGUGUGUGAGCGUGCCUCUCUUUCUCAGGUGAACAUGUGCAUGCGUGAGUUUAACUGUUGAUAUGUGCACUGUGUGUGUAUUCCACUGAGUGUGCCCCACACACACAAUCACUCUCCCAACCGAGGUAAAGCGGCGGCAAGGUGCACAGAAAAGAAUGUCUUCCCCCAGCUCUGCAGCCACAGACACUUCAGACACUUCUGCGUCCUGCGAACCUCUCUUGUCCCGCAGCUUGUUCUCUGCGAGCUCCUGCUGGAAUCCGUUGACACAGGGAAUGACGCUCCACCGAGAACGCUUCACUUGAACUGUUCACCAUCACCUGAUCACCUGAUCACCUGACCGCUGCCCAAUGGCAGACGCCUGUGAAUAACUAUGUGAGUGCCAUGUUGUGACAUGUGACAUGUCUCUCCCCCCUAACCUUAUGCCUUUCAGAUCUUUGAGAAAAGCCCUGGCUGGGCGAGAUGUCACAUCGCCAUGUCGACGGUCUCUAGACCGCCUCAUACUUAACUCAUCUAACAGUGGGCCCAAUAACAUGUGUUCCUACGUUUACAACAUUGAGAAUCACAACCAGGAUGCACGUGAACGCGUAGGCUAACACCACUUUCAAGUUAUUCAUGUAUUGUUUUACUGUUUGCCUUCAUGAGGAAGUCUGUGUGAAGAUCCGAGCUGUAUGUUCAUCCAUUAAGCUGAAUAUGUGAUUUGAAUGUAACGCAGACAGGAAAUGAUGACACUGUCUGUUAUGAGGUAUAAUAGGAGUCAACAAUAACCUGCCAUUUAAAACGAUAUGUCUGAAGCAGAAAGACAGGCUAACCUUGAGUUGGUUUUCUAUCUUGACUACAAUGUUUUUAGACAAUCCCGCCACCAUUUCCAGCUUAGCUUCUAUAUUCGAUUAUUUAAAUAGCUCUGUACGCUUCUACUGUUCACACUGGCUUAUCGUUUAACUUUAUCACUUUGAAGAGUACACAUAAAAAUGAGUAAAUCAGUUACUAUUGCUCCAAGUAUCAAUUAGUGCGGCAUAGGUAAUGCCGAUCAGGACAGCGAUCCAUAUAUUCAUACAUUCUAUGGUUGAGUAAAGCCCAGGACAUAAAAAAGAUGAUUGUACAGACUAUUACUGUUAUCAAAUGAAUGUAUAAUAUAUUUUGCUUAAUAAAAAGAUGUUUAAAAAAUGUGGUACACAAUAAAACUUUUUUAUUAAUAAAAAAUUGAUUGAUGAUUGA